AUGUCAACUGUUGAAGAAAAGAAAAAGAUUGUAGUUACUGGUGCAAAUGGCUAUAUUGCUAGUUAUGUUGUAAAAUCAUUACUUUUAAAAGGGUAUGCAGUAACAGCAAUUGUUAGAGAUAAAAAUAAUGUAGCCAAAUAUGAACAUUUGGUUGAUCUGCUCAUGGAAGAUGGUAUGAGUGGUAGUUUGGAAGUUGAAUCUGGUGAUUUGGAGAGUGCAGACUAUUUGAGCAUAUUCAAGGGCAGCUAUGCAGUCAUUCACUGCGCAUCGCCCUAUGUAUACACAGCCGAUGAUGUCCAACGUGAUAUCAUCCAACCAGCCAUCGCAGGCAACUUGCGUGUCCUCGAGGCUGCCCAAGCCACCCCAUCCAUCAAAAAGGUGAUCAUCACAUCGUCGACUGCCGCCGUUACAGACCUCACCAAACAAAAAGAGGUGUAUGACGAGUCAGACUGGAACGACAGUGCAUCUGAAGCCACUCCAUACCAAUACUCUAAAGUGUUGGCUGAAAAGGCCACAUGGAACUUUAGAAAGGAAAAAGGACCAUUGGCAUUUGAAAUCAUUGUCAUUAAUCCAUCGUUUGUCGUCGGACCUGCCUUGUCGCGGACACUCAACACGAGUCUCAGCACAUUAGAGGAAGGUUUGCGUGGUGUCGGUGCCCCAUUCACCCAAAGACGUGUUGGUCUUGUCGAUGUCCGUGAUGUGGCCGAUGCACACGUCGUUGCACUCGAGUCCAAGCAAAGUUUGGAUGGCGAACGUGCCACGCUCUGCAACACUGUGAUGACGUUCCACGACGUUACCGUGCUUGCCAAGUCACUCUUCCCACACUAUACAUUUACACCUGUCGACAUGUCCACGGUACCAACUCCAUUCCAAUACAAGAUUGUCUCCAACUCCAAGGUUAAGUUGGGUCGUGACUACACCCCAUUUAAUCAAUCCAUAAGCGAAACUGUUGAAUAUUUAAUUAGAAUCAACAAAUUUAAACCUCAUCCAACAAAAUAA